UUAACACAUCGCCAAUCAAAAACACUAUCAAAGAAAACUUUUGCAACUAAAUCGAAACAACAUAAACUGCAGAAAUAAAAUCUUGGGAUUGACAUUUAAAACAGCAAAUUCGUUUCUUGAUCUAAUUUUAUAGUUCAAAUUGUCGAGAAUAGUUCCACAAGAUUCCAGCAGACAAGCGGGGUGGAGGUUCUUCAAGCGUAAGACCUUGAAAAUGGUUUCAGUGUCAGCGAUAGCCACAUACAUUUGGAGUGAUUCAUGGUUUAUGAUCAGAUUUUUAAAGGAAAAGAACAAAUUUUCAUUGAGUUUUAGCUUUUCGAAAGUUGCAACAACAAAAUACAAUAAUUUUCGGGAUCAACAAUAGUGAUGCCCUGUGAGUCGUGUCAUGUACAAUUUACGGUAUUUCGCCGGAAGCGUAGCUGUGCGGAUUGCAAACGAUUUUAUUGCAGCAACUGCUUAUCGACAACAAAACGUCGCACAGCCAGCAAUGUUCAUAUUUCCUCCGGAGUGCAAUUGUGCAAGCGAUGUGUGAUUUUCGCAAAGCGCCCUUUGUUACGCACGGAUUUGCUACAAUUGAAACCCAAAGAUCUGAUUUUCUACCUACAAUCCAAACACAUUUCAACAACUGGCUGUGUGGAAAAGGAUGAAUUAGUUGGUUUGGUGUUGACGCAUGUACAUCAAGUUGAUGCAACAGCUGACAAAUCGGAUAAUGGAGGUGCGCGCAGCCCCACAGAUCCAUCUGCAAACUCGUUUGAUAGUUUAAAACAGACGUGCCAAAACUUUUUUACAAGUAUUACUGAAAAUAUUAGUGACUCUCUGAAUUCGUUCGACAGUAAAAGCUCAGCGAAAGUUGGCGAAGAGACCAGAGGUGAUUCACGUUCUGGACGAGGUUCAACAGACAGUGCAACUAUACAUAUUUCUGAUCAGCCCACAGUGUCAACCAGAGAAAUUCCCACUUAUGCUAGUUUUCAGCAGCAAACCCAUAAUAACUGUAAUAACUAUCAAUCAACGACAACAACAAAUAGACCAUCGACAACACCGCUAACAACAACAACUAGUGUGACUGCUGCAUCCCCCACAUUGGUAAGUAGCAGCACAUCAUCUGUAACUACCAAAGGUAGCAGUCAGACCUCUGCAAGUCCUGAAAUAAGUAUUAGCUCACUUGAUCGGGCGGAGGGGGUGGAGAAUCCGCUUGCUACGUCUUUGAAUAGCCAGCGCAUUGGAAUUACUCGCCAAGAAGCUGGUGAAGAGAACUCUGACUGUGAAUGUUCGGAUGACGAAUUGCUAGCGACAUUCAGUGGUCGCUCGUUAGCAAGAAAGAACGAUGUUGAAGUAACAAAUAAAGAUACGCUUAAACCUGUUGAGCCAGAUGAACGCAUCGGCAACAAAUCAAGAGCCAGUACAGACAUAAACUGCGCUGAAAUGUCUUCGCAAUCGUCGUUCGAAGAAUUGGGGGCUAUUGGUGGUAUUUCGGAUGAGAGUAAAGCUGCAACUGACACUAACAGUAGUAAUAUGGAUCAAUGGCAAAUCUUAGACAAUGCUACGCUCCAAGCCUUGGGAAGUCCUGUUGGCGAGCAGAGUUUAACGGUGGCGUGUAUUCCAACAGCUCCCGCAUCAAACAAUAAUAUGAUUAGUGUGGACACUGCAGAAGAUUCAUCAAAAGAUCUGCAGGUGGCAGUUCCAUUUUUACGGCAGGAACAAGCGCCACCGCAGUCUCCUACGCCUCAACGCGCGAAGAAAAUAACGCGUCGUCGUUCGGACAGUUACCUUAACAGACAACGUCAGCGGCCAACCAGUGAAGACGAUUCUCCCACAGGUAACUCGGCACGUAAAGCACUAAUAACGCUGCACGAACAAGUUGUGGAGUCAGCAGAUGAUGCAGGUGAGACUGAUUUGCGAGAAAAACAUACUACUUCAAGAGGUGUUGGUAGCUGCCAUCGUUGUGGCAAGCAUAAGGCAUCUCUGCGUAAACAGGUCGAAAAGAUGCGGCGGCAUUUGGAAAGUGCUCAACUUUCUGAACCAGAGAUUAAAAAAGAACUCCAAGAUUUUCUCAGUUAUCUUGAGCAGCGCACUAAGUCAAUGGAUUACUCUGAUACGGAGACUGUGGGAUCAUCAUUGAGCGGAAGAAAUGUCACACAAUCUCCGGAACACCAGCAAUCACAAUCACAACAGCAGCAUGUGUGGGAAGAUGCAAGCAUGCCACAUUGGGAGUAUCAGUUGGACAACAAUGAGGGUAUUCAUGUGUACGCAGGCUCAACGACAGAAAUGAGCGAUUACAAACGUCAAUCAUCUCGUUUUAUUAACCUCGAUGACUUCGAAACUAUUAAGGACCUUGAAGCCUUAUCGGUGAAGCAGCUCAAAGAGGUUUUAAUGCUAAAUCGAGUUGACUAUAAAGGGUGCUGCGAGAAGCAAGAACUACUAGAUCGUGUACAACGUUUAUGGAAGAACCUCAAAUCAGCACCAGGAGUCGAUAAGUUGCCAACCGAUGAGCUCUGUAAGAUUUGCAUGGACGCACCGAUUGAGUGUGUUAUUCUUGAAUGUGGACACAUGGCCACUUGCACUAGUUGUGGAAAAGUCCUUAGCGAAUGUCCUAUUUGUCGUCAGUAUAUUGUGCGUGUGGUGCGUUUCUUUCGUGCGUAAUUAAAUGUCACCAAUCUUCGCCGCAUAGCCGAGUUUAAAGUCAAAUUGCCUGGAAUUUAGUUUAUUGAAAAGCAGUAAAACAUAAGCAAGUGAAUGCAGCAAUGGCGAAAAAAAUUCAAAUAAACAAAACAGAAUAAAGUAUGAUGGUAGAAGCGGGCGUUCCUUGCUAUCCCGCUGUCAUGUUUUCCAUAAAUCCGGAUGUACAUUUUAGAAACCACUAAUAUUGUGUAAAAUAAUAGUAACAACAAUCACUUGUUCAAUGUCUUUUGAUGGUUUAAAAUUUUAAGUAUAAAGUAUUUUUUGUGAAUUAGUUCCUUUUUAUGUUAAAAUUAUUAUUAUUAUUUUUUUGAAUUGUUUUGGAAUUUUUACAUGAUCAGAUUAACCUAUAAAUUUUGUUGUUGUGUGUUCGGCUUUCAAUGCAUGUAUUUUGAACACUAAUUUUUUAUAUUAUAUAUAUUUAUUUGCUCAGCAAACAAUUAUCCGAAUCCCAUGAAUGCAGUGCAAAAUAAAAUAAGAGUCUUACCAUUAAAUGGCAGUGCACUCCUUGUGAUGUCAAAUGAAAUAAUAUGUACUUUUAUAUGUCCUAUAUCUACAUAUAUAUUUUUAGUUAGGACGUAAAAUGUAGUCAGUCAGUAUCUUGUUAAUAAUAACUUUUCUGCAAUGUUUAUGUACAAAUGUACAUAUGUACAUACAUACAUAUAUGAAUUCAAAAAUGUAGAAGUACAACUCUUUUUUUGUGUAAUCAAUGAACUAAUUGAAAACAUUCCCGAUAGUUCUAGUAUAUGCGAUACAAUACAAUACAAUAAAUUAACAUAGAAACAAAAUAAAAAAUAUAAAACACUCACUUACGUACAUAAAUAAUUCUUAUUGUAAUGACAAUGUAAAAAUGCGAUACAUACAAUAAAUACAUAUAACUGAUUAUAUU